UGUACAUAUUCUAAAUAGGGACUAAUUACUAUGUAUUGUAAAUUAGGCCUGUGUGAAGCUUUGACUAAGUGAAUCAAUCUAAGCUCUUUUUAAUAUUAGAUUUGACUUCACCAGGAAAUAAUGCUAUUUGUUUUAUUUGAAGCUAGGUUGUGAUGCAAAGCUUCGCAUCCGAAUUCAAACUUUGCAUUUGUUGCAGAGCUUUAAAACGUUGGAAGCUUAAGAUUUGAUCAUGAAAAUAUUUAGUUGUUUUUUUUGUGUUGUAUACCUAUGUUUUGCUUGAAUUAAGUUGGUUAGGUACUUAAAAUCAAAAAUUGCCACUCCAUUUCCUUUUAUAAAUGCUUAGUAUUAAUUUUGUGCAUGGUUAUUUUAUAAUUUUUAUUGAAUAUAUAGGCCUAGGGCCCAAUUGGUUAAAAACUUAAUUAGUUUAAACAUCACAAAAAAUGUUAAAUGAUAUUUUUUUUUUUUACUUCAAUCACGUAUUUUAUAAAAUACUAGCUGCCUGACCCAGCUUCGCACGGCUAUACUAAUGGAAAAAAAUUAAGCCACAUCUCCCAUUUACAGUAAUGGUAAAUAAAAAAAAAUUCAGUGAAAAUAUAUUACAAUGCUGUAUAAUUAGGGACACCUGUAUUUCGCGAAUACAUUUCGUGUCUAGGUACAUUGCAAAACACCGUAGUUUUUUCUUGUAGUUAUUGGUGUGGUCGGCGAGAGGUGUUUUCCCGCACUUGACGGGGCCAAUGGGAAUGUGGAUACCGUACUGCUGCACGCACACGAUUUGCCAUUACUCUAAGAAAAAGCUACAGUGUUUUGUGACAUACCUUGACACGCAAUGUAUUCGCGAAAUACAGGUGUCCCUAUAUAUAAUGUACCGGAGAGAAAAUGAAUAGCACCGAUGGUUUCCCGACUCGUGCACGCAACGUACAACUGAUGUACCCGUACUUCGCUACGGCAGUCUACAGGCAGAUCACUCUUGCGCUGAUCAUUAUACAUGCCCUUCCUUGUGGGUACGCCACUGCCGCGCGAUGCCCGUUGCCAUGGAGACGCAGAAGGCAUGAACAAUGCAAAAUCCUGUUCUCAUGCAGACAAAGUACCCACUGUUGCCUGGUUUUAACCACCCAUGGGAUCUAAUUUUCGGAAAAUGUCAUCCUGCGUAACAUAAGGUACAUUACUGUGAAGUUUCAAGUCUGUAAAAUAUAUAUACUUGAAAAAAAAAGGGCAAUAAAAAACAAAUUAAACACAGAGAGAGGAAAAAAACAAUAGGAGUUUAGGUUUGCGAUUAUAGUGAUAAAAAGUAUUUAAAUACUAAUUGAACUCUUAUGAGGGUACUGAUUGCUUCGUUGUUAAUAUCACACGGGUGUUUUUUACUUGUGUGGGAAAAUUAAGAAUGAUAAGGCAUCUAGUGUGUGGCAACAAUGUUAAUAGGCAAUAGGAAAUAAACUUUUAGCGCCUGCGGCAUUGUCAACACACACUUUGUACAUGUACUGCAUGUUGUAUCUAACCCCCUCCAACGCAUUUGAUUCUAAAUUGGACUUUUAGUAAGGAUCCCUAAUGUUAUUGAUAAUAUAAUAUAGCCUAUAGCCUUCCUCGAUAAAUGUACUAUCCAACACAAAGAAUUUUUCAAAUCGGACCAGUGGUUCCUGAGAUUAGCACGUUCAAACAAACAAACAAACUCUUCAGCUUUAUAAUAUUAGUAUAGAAGUGUAAUACAGCUUCGCUGAGAACAAUAUUUGGAAUUUGAUUAUACUUCACAAAUAUUUUCAACAUUCUAUUUGAUGUUCGCUUUGCAUAAAAAAACUAGUAUCUGCACAGGCCUAUCUGUAAAUAGUUAUAGGGACUAUCAGGUUUAAGUAUAUGUAUAAGGUAUAACUGCAGUAAUCACUUCCUUGUGAGGCAGUCAAAUUCCAUUUCUGGCUGGUUCAAACCCUGGGUUUUUCGUGACAGAUUUUAUAUAAGCGCAUGCACGAGUACUGCUUUGUGGUUUUCUCGCAUGCUGUGCCACCUAUGUUGAAAGAAUGGCUCUUUCCCUAAUUAUUAGAGGGUGAACCUGUAAACUUUAUUUGGCAACAGGAAGGAGCCCCUCCCCAUUGGAAUCUCUUUGUACGAGUGUGGUUAAACGUCAAAGCCCCUGACAAUUGGAUUGGUUGUAAUGGUCGAGACGAAAGAGUUCUUUAUCGCUGGCUUCCACGUUCACUUGACAUAAGGCCACGCGAUUUUUCCUUUGGGACUUUAUAAGAGAUUGUGUCUACUUUCCGCCGCUACCUAAUGAGUUUCCAGAGUUGAGACACAGAAUUGAAGACGCUAUUGGUUCCAUUAGGUACUCAGACUUGUUAAACAAAGUGAGGGAAGAAUUGGACUUCAGGUUGGAUGUGUGCCGCAUAACUAAAGGUGCACAUAUUGAAGUUUGUAAGAAAAGCUAGGUUAGUUUACCUUUAAUUUUAUGUGUGAUUCAUUGUCAAUAGUCUAAAGUAAACAGUUACAAUAUACCAUUGAAACAGGGACAUUCGUUUAUGAACCCUGUGUACAUCAUACAUACAGAUUUUCAUCUGCUCCAAAUUAAUGAAUAGAUUACAGUGCUCUUGACAUGCCCUUGAUGACCCUGCACAUCAUCAACAAAGAUGUGACCUUGUUAUCGACCAAUAAGCACUUAAAAGGCUUGGUUGUAUAUAGGCAAGUUGAGUCUAGCCUGGAGUGAAAUGAAUCUGCGAAAUAAUUGUUGUGCUAUUUAUCAUCUCUUAUUGUUUCUAACUGCCCUGAUAUGGAGGAGACAUAAUGUGUACAUUAAAUUAUUCAUUUUCAUUCAUACAGUGAUUCAUUUUCCCUAGUGAAAAGAGUGGGUACCAAUUCAGACAUUUUACUUUACCUUGUUGCCCCAUAAUUUUUCCAGAACAUUGUUCACCAUGACUCAUUUUCUCCAAUAUUAUUGUUGGGUGGAGGUAGGGGUUGGGUAGGUAAUUGCAAAUACUGAAAUUAAAUCAUUUAUGUAUUAUUAAAUUUUAAAGGUAUGAUCAGUUUCCAAAGUUGUAUUUUUAGUGGUGCACCGAUGCGUAUACCGAUGAAUUGUAAUCUGAGAUUAGCUUAACGAAUAUUUUCCAGAUUAUCAACGCGUUUCAUUUAUUAGUAAAGUAUUAUCUAAAACGGAUAUUAUACAAUUUUUUUGCGAUUCAGAUAAAUUAUUUGGAAUGAAGUAAAACUUUUUUAAUAAUACGAUACAUACCGUAUUUGUGCAAAGUGUUAUAUAUACUGAUACUCAGCCCGUGUAAUUUAGUAGGUUUUUACCGCGUAAUAUUUUGUUAGACAUUUUAGGACGAAAUACGGUAAUAUUUAUUACAAAAUUAAUCUAACUCCGUCAGAUCUUAAUUACAAAUACUUAAUAAAGUUUAAUAAAACGCUUUGCCUUGAACAGUAAAAAAAAAUUUUCCCACAUGUUUGUUUAUUUAUACUUUGUGUCUUUUGUUAUGUCUCUUGUUUAGUGGCCUUUUACAUUACCUACAGCCAUUAACGUAAAACAGAUGGCACGCACUCGAAAUACUACAAGGAGUUACAAUGGAUUCUAUGACAAUCGAUCUUUUCGAGUCGUAGUAGCGGUUAAAAAUCUCGUUCCCUAUACCGUCCUGAUUUUAUCACUGGGUUUUACCAACUCGUUAUGGGCGUCUUUGGCAACAUUAUCCGAUGUGUUAUUUGGGUUAUUCAACGAAAAGUGAAAAAGAAUUUAUAAUUUUAUAUAUUUAGUCAACAUAAAUAAAAUCACAUGUGUUAUAAUUGGUUUUGUGUCGUUUGUAUAAUAUUAUUGUGAGAUGGUGAGUAGGGAGAAAAGUGAAGUGUGGAAACAUUUUUUCUAUGAACUUUGAAAAAAAUCAAGCAACAUGUUUACUUUGUAAAACAAUUUCUCGUGGUGGUGGUAGUGGACUGACCAAUCAGCAGGGAUACACUAUUACUAACCUAUGGAACCACAUCAAGCGAAUGCAUCCUGAUAAAUUAGUGGAGAAGUGUGGUAAUGUAAUCACAGAUGCUUGUGAUACAGAUGGGGUAAUGAAAUUGGCUCAAAAACAAAUAACAGACAUGGAAAAGAAAAUACUGUAUGCUGUGAAUUACACAAGAUCAUUAGAACUGACACAGUUAAUAGCAGAAAUGAUUUGUGAAGAUAUGCAGCCUUAUGCUAUAGUCAAUAAAUAAUAAUGGUUUCAGACACCUCAUGGCCAAGACAGUUCCUAGAUUCCAUGGAAGUAAUUUUUUACUAAUGGUUUGUUUGUAGUUGGUUCAUUGGAGGAAGUUUAAUUCAAAACCGAGACCAAGCUCAAUAAAUAAUGGCCGAGCUCUUGGAAGAUUUUCCGCCUGGUCCAUUGGAUAAGUACAGGAGUAAGGCGAGUUUCGAUUGGAAGAAAAUGAAAUUGGUUUUGGAAAAUGAGGAUAUUCUCAGGUUCAAGGUGACCAUAAUGAAGACGCUGGAAAGAGACCCCUUGUUUCAACGCAGCUCUGCGACUCCGAGGUUGGACGAGGAGCGAAGACGAGCCACGCAGCAGAUGUACCGAGUCCUCCAGUAUGACUUCCCGUCCAGAGCCGAAGGCCUGGACGAGCGAGCGAAGGCAUCGGCGGUGGGCAGCUGUCUCAGUCACUACGACCCGAGCCUUGCCGUGAAGAUAGGGUUGUCGUUCGGCCUGUUCAAGCAGGCCAUUGUGAACCUGGGCACGGAGAGGCACGGCCACUUCGUGAAGGACAACACCGAAGGAAGGAUUGCUGGUUGUUUUGCCCUGACAGAAGUCGCUCACGGUAGCAAUGCGAAGGGCAUGAUGACCACUGCCACCUAUGAUCCAGCGACACAAGAGUUCAUUCUUCAUUCCCCCAACUUUGAAUCUGCGAAAUUCUGGGUUGGAUGUUUAGGCAAGACGUGCACUCACGCGGUGGUGUUCGCCCAGCUGAUCACGCCCGACGGCUCGAACCACGGCCUGCACGCGUUCGUGGUCCCGGUGAGGAGCACCGCGACCCUGCUGCCCCACGCGGGGGUCGUGGUCGGCGACCUCGGGGAGAAGGUCGGCCUGAACGGCAUCGACAACGGCUUCGUCAUGUUCGACAACUACCGGGUCCCGCGCGAGAACCUGCUCAACAAGACGGGGGACGUCACCCCGGACGGGGCGUACGUGACACCGAUAAAUGAUCCCAGGAAGAGAUUUGGCGCGGUGCUCGGGAACCUGUCAGCGGGCCGUGUCUCCAUCAUCGGCUCCUGCACGCAGUACCUGACCAAGGCCAUGACCAUCGCGGUGCGGUACUCGGCCGUGCGCAGGCAGUUUGGCCCGUCCGACGACGAGGAGCUGCCAGUCAUCGAGUACCAGCUGCAGCAAUGGCGUGUGUUUCCUUACUUGGCAGCAGCAUAUGCUUUCAUAAAUUUCUCAAAUUUCUUCACCAGUGUAAUGAUGGACUUCAGCAAGAAUUCAGGACGAACUGAAGACAUGGCAAGUUUGAUGACACUGGGUGCAGAGAUCCAUGGUCUGUCUUCAGGGGCCAAGCCACUUUGCGCCUGGCUCGCGCGAGACGGCAUACAGGAGUGUCGAGAGGCGUGCGGUGGCCACGGCUAUCUGAAAGCGGCGGGUCUGGGGGACCUGCGCAACAACAACGACGCGUGCUGCACCUACGAGGGGGAGAACAGCGUGCUGGUGCAGCAGAACAGCAACUGGCUGCUGCAGCUGUGGGCCCGCCGGGGCGACCGCUCCGACAAGCCCUUCGCCAGCCCGAUGGGGUCCGUCGGCUUCCUGGCCCACGCCGACCGGCUACUGGCCGCCCGGUUCUCCGCGUCCAGCGCCGACGAGGCCGUCCGACCGGAGGCGAUAUUGGCUGCGUACAGGUGGCUUGUAUGUUACUUGCUGCGCAGUUUCGACGAGAAAGUGAGAAGUUUGCGCAAACAAGGACUUGAUUCAUUUGAAGCCAAGAACAACUCGCAGGCAUAUUUUGCCAGGAACCUGUCCGUUGCAUUUGUGGAGCACUUCAUUAUUUUGAAAUUUUGGCAACUAGCAACAAGUAAAAAUAUGGCACCAAAUCUACAAGCAGUCCUAGUCAAACUGUGCUCUCUCUUUGGGGCAUGGAGACUGGAGAAGCACCUGACAACCCUUUAUGAAGGCCGGUACGUGUCUGGCAGCGGUCCAGCCAGGAUGCUGCGGGACGGCAUCCUGCAACUGUGCGCCCAGCUGAAGCCCGAGGCCGUCGCGCUGGCGGACGCCGUCGCCCCCCCGGACUUCUUCCUCAACUCCGUGCUGGGCCGGUCGGACGGCCAGGUGUACCGCAACAUCCAGGCGGCCGUGUACCAGACCCCGCAGGCAUUCGAGCGGCCCGCGUGGUGGCGGGACGUCACCGCCUGGCAGGCCCAGUCCAAGCUGUGAUGCCUGGUGGUUGUGUCUCCAUUGGGGUCGACAACUUUUACAACACUGUUCUCCUGGCAGCAGGCAUUAGAGUAUCACCGAAAAUGAACCAUGGACAUCACACAUGCUCUCGUCUGAUGCACAUCAUCAUGCAAGUGUCAGUAGACAAAUAACAUUGACAAUAAAUAAAUUUUGCUCUUCUAUCACAAAUAACAUAAGGAAAUUUUUAUUUUAAAAUUCGUUGAAAUUAGUUAAGCUACCGGAGAAAUCGCUGUAAGCAUCAUUUAAUACAGAGUAACUCGAACUCCGGACUUGUUAACAGUCUGGAUUCAGUUAGGAAGUGAGUCCACUAGGUUGUGCAGGUACAUCACAUCCAUGUUAAGCUACCCACUGAAGAUUUGAUCGCACAAUUCCACUAAAUCGCAGGGAAUCUGAUGUCAGUGUUUUAUGUGCUGUUCAAACAUGUCACUCAGAUUUUCAAUGGGGUUCAAGUUGGGAGAUUUCGCAGGCCAAUUGAAAUGUAAUAGGGUUGGGGGAGUGUUCAUGAAACCAGUCUCAUAUGCAUCAGCCAGAUGAACUUUGCUGUUGUCAUCUUGAAAAAUCGGGGUUAUCAAUUGCAUUCUCAUCAUGCAGAUGUUAACUGAAAGGCAAACACCUGAUCAUCCAUAAUGCUGGUUCAUGUUUGUGAUCACCACAGUGAGCAGGCAUAAUCAAUGCUGUUGAAUAUAAUUUUUAAAAUUUAAAGCAAGAAUUCAAGGAAGAAAAUAUAGGAUGAAAAAAUAAUGGUUAGCGAGUUUUCACACAUAUCCAUGGAGCAAAAAUACUAAAAAUUAUAAGCUGCACUAAUUUUUUUUCAACUCAACCUUUGAAUUUACAUCCAUCAGUCGUCACAUAUAAUUUUCCAGAGGUAGAGUUUUUUUUGAGUAGUAAAAAAUCUAAUUACGUAAUUCAAGUUAAAAUAAUGAUGAUCAAUUAAUUUUACAAAAUAAAAAAAAAGUGUCGGAUAGUUUAGCUUAAAUGCUGCAUAAUUUCCUUGAGUUAAUGAACAUUUUGGUCGUAUACAGCAUGCAUGUGCUUACGUGAUGGUCUAUGUAUAUGGUGAAUAACAUACAUCCCAGUUCUAUCCCAAUUCACUAUAAAAUCUUGACUAGUUACAAGGUCUGUUUGUAUUAUGCAGAUUUAAACAUAAGUAUUAACUAGAACCAUUAAAACUUUUUAACACAUUAUUUCUGUAAUUAUGUUAACAAUGUAGAAAAAAUAUUAAAGUAACCAGCUGUUUAGUAAA